ACAAACACUAAAGAACACACGAGAGAGAAUAGUUCCGGACUUAAUUUAAGCGACCUCAACUUUAAGUGAACACUUUGACAACGGACUAGCUUGCUACUCUUUUAUUUUGUGAUGGACUUGUAAGCCUCUGCUCGGGACGAGAUACGAACACAAGAGCACUCUUCAACAGCACCAUGUACGGGUUUGUGAACUACGCUUUGGAGCUCCUGGUUGUGCGGAAUUUCGGCGAUGAAAUUUGGGAGAAGAUUAAACAGGAAGCUGGUUUGGAAAUGGACGGACAUUUUCUCGUCCGGAUGGUGUACGAUGAUGGCGCCACUUAUGAUCUCGUCGGCGCAGCUGUCAAGGUUCUCGACACACCCGCUAAUACCAUUUUGGAAAUGUUCGGCAAGAUGUUCUUCGAAUUCUGUCAAGAAUCAGGGUAUGACAAAAUUUUGCAAGUCUUAGGCGGUACUACAAAAGACUUCCUUCAAAACCUCGACGCCCUUCACGACCAUCUCGCUACGAUUUAUCCAGGCAUGCGCGCUCCGUCCUUCCGGUGCACAGAGCGGGAAAGUGACGGUGCAACCGUUCUACACUACUAUUCUGAUAGACCAGGUUUAGAACAUAUCGUCAAAGGUAUAGUGAAAACAGUUGCCAAGCAGCUACAUCAGGCAGAAGUGCAGGUAGAGAUUCUCAGAGAAAAAGGCGAGGACUGUGAUCAUGUGCAAUUCGUUAUUGUUGACGAUGCCUCAAAGGACAUGGCCACCAAGGCCGAAUUGAACGAAUUCGAACAUAAUCUUUCCCAUGAGAAAAAGAUUAGUCCCGCUACAUUUAGUCGGGCGUUCCCCUUUCAUAUCCUGUUUGAUCGAAAGAUGGAAAUCCAGCAAGUUGGAAGUUCUCUGCUUAGAGUGAUUCCCAACACAACCAAGAAAGGUGCAAAAAUUGACGACCUCUUUGACAUGGUCCGGCCACAUAUGAAUUUUGAAUUUGAUCACAUUUUGUCUCACAUCAACACCGUGUUUGUGCUAAGGGUAAAGCAAAUCGGAGUUGGAGGACUCUUUGUGGACAAAGAUGAAAACUCACGCAUGCGUCUGAAGGGACAAAUGAUCUACGUGCCAGAAUCAGACUGUCUGUUGUUCAUGUGUUCACCUAGCGUUGCUAAUCUAGACGAUCUGGGAAGAAGAGGACUAUAUAUUAGUGAUAUACCUCUUCAUGAUGCUACGAGGGAUCUGGUAUUGCUAUCAGAGCAGUUUGCCGCAGGGUACAAACUCACUCAGAAACUGGAGAUUCUCAACGACCAGUUGCAGCAGACUCAUAGAGAACUUGAGCAUGAAAAGAAGGAAACUGACAGGUUGAUGUACUCGAUACUUCCGGAGUCAGUAGCUCACGAGCUCCGUCAUCAACGUCCAGUUCCUGCUAAAAAGUUUGAGAAGGUCACCAUCUUGUUCAGCGGUAUCAAAGACUUCAACGAGUUUUGUGCUAGGCACUCUGACGCCAAAGGAGCCGAACUGAUAGUUAAACUUUUGAAUAUUGUCUAUACGAAAUUUGACGAUUUGCUUGGAAAUAACCCGGAUGUUUAUAAGGUGGAAACUGUAGGAGACAAGUACAUGGCAGUAAGCGGGCUUCCUGUACCGUGCAAUGAGCAUACCCUGUGCAUAGCGCGCCUGGCUCUGGAUAUGAUGGAUAUAUCGAAGGAUCUAAUUGACCCGGAUGGAAACAAGAUUGUUACAACUAUUGGUAUCCAUUCCGGUGAAGUGGUGACUGGGGUUAUCGGGAAGCGCAUGCCCAGAUAUUGUCUGUUCGGAAACACCGUCAACCUGACGAGUAGGACGGAAACAACCGGAGAAAAGGGGCGAAUCAAUGUGUCAGAGUAUGCUCAUAAAUACUUAACAGAAGAUAAGGAUUGUUUUGAUCCUAGUAUCGAGCUAACUUACAAAGGGGAGACGAAAAUGAAGGGAAAGCCAACACCCAUGAAAACCUAUUUCCUGUCAAGAAAACAGACAUGA